AUGGCUAAGAACUCAAUAAAGUUAAUCGCUAAUGAUGUCCACAGAGUGCUGGCUGAACUUGUUUCUAAAAGAUUAGGUAUCAAGUUAACCGAUGUCACAUUGAAGAGAGAUUCAAAUGGUGAAGUUUCAUUCUCUAUUAAUGAAUCAGUUCGUGAUGAAGAUAUUUACAUUAUUAUGCAAGUUGGAUCAGGUAUUGUUAAUGAUAGAGUUUUAGAAUUGUUAAUCAUGAUCAAUGCUUGUAAAACUGCUUCAGCUCGUCGUAUUACUGCUGUGAUACCAAAUUUCCCUUAUGCUAGACAAGAUAGAAAAGAUAAAUCAAGAGCUCCAAUUACAGCCAAAUUAAUGGCUGAUAUGUUAACAACUGCUGGAUGUGACCAUGUUAUUACUAUGGAUUUACAUGCUUCUCAAAUCCAAGGGUUUUUUGAUGUCCCAGUAGAUAAUUUAUACGCUGAACCAAGUGUUGUCAGAUAUAUCAGAGAACAUAUCCCAUAUGAAGAAGCUAUCAUUGUUUCACCAGAUGCUGGUGGUGCUAAAAGAGCUGCAGGUUUAGCUGAUCGUUUAGAUUUAAAUUUUGCAUUGAUCCAUAAGGAAAGAGCAAGAGCUAAUGAAGUUUCAAGAAUGGUUUUAGUUGGUGAUGUUACCGAUAAAAUUUGUUUAAUUGUUGAUGAUAUGGCUGAUACUUGUGGUACCUUAGCUAAAGCUGCUGAAGUUUUAUUAGAAAAUAAGGCAAAAUCUGUUAUUGCUAUUGUUACACAUGGUAUUUUAUCAGGUAAUGCUAUCAAGAAUAUCAAUAAUAGUAAAUUGGAUAGAGUUGUUUGUACAAAUACAGUUCCAUUUGAAGAAAAAUUACAAGAAUGUCCAAAGUUAGAUACUAUAGAUAUAAGUAGUGUCUUGGCUGAAGGUAUACGUCGUUUGCAUAAUGGUGAAAGUGUUUCAUAUUUAUUCCGUAAUGCUCCACUAUGA